GUAUACAUAUAUAUCAGUAUUAAUCUAUUUAUUCCACUUUAGAUACGCAAGGUUUUACGAGUGCGAAGACAAUUCGAGGAUGUAACAGUUUCAAGUGUUAUAGUUACAUCAGAAGCUAAUGGACGAGAAAAACGUCUUUCACUUGCAAAACGUCAAUUAAAUUCAACAGUUGUCUUAGCUGUUAAGUUCGUCAUCUUCUUUGCUAAUACAUGUGACUAUGGAUGUCAACUAAACGUUGGCCAUAUAUUUAAAUCUCUACUUGAAAAUAAUUUGCCAUCUGCUUUAUUUCUCAUUAAUGUUCCAAUUCUUAAUAAAAAUGGAGAACUGAUUGCAACGAUAUCCUCAAUUCCUAUUAUUGGAGUUUUAUCAAUUACAAAUAUAUAUCCUGGAAGGUAUCCUUUCGUUGCACCAACAUUACGCCCAACGAUUACUGUAACAAAAGCAACAAAACGAACAACAAAAACAACAAUAACAACAACAACACCUGUACGAUCAGUCAACAUGGGAUAA